GAGGCCCGCCGCCCGUCCCGACCGCGGACGCUAGAAGGUGGGGUGCUCAUCAUCUGCGUGAGACUUCUGAGACUGCGGCCAGAGCCCCGCCGCCCGUCCCGACCUCUGAAGCGGGAAGGCGGGCUGAUGCCCGUCAUCUGCGUGCGACUUCCGAGACUGCGGCUGGAGGCCUGCCGCCCGUCCCGACCCCGGACGCUAGAAGAUGGGAUGCUCUUCAUCUGUGUACAACUACUGGGGCGACGGUUGGAGCCCCGUCUCGUGUUUCCCCACCUACCUCUGAGACGGGAGUUUGUGGGUCAGUAAAAACCUCUUAUUCAACAGCACUGCCAACUGAACUGAUCGACAUGACGCCGUUCUCUGCAAGCGAGUACGACCUUAUGUCACCCACCUGCUCUACUUCGAGGGCUUCAGUCCAGGAUGCAGGGGACCAUGGCACAUGGACUUUUCCUGAGCACUUGAUGUGCAAUCAAACAGAGAUCACGGCUCCCGAGAACCACCAUUUGGAGGAGAACGAAUACGGAGAACAGGGAGCUGAGUCUGAUGUCAGCGACGGUGUUGAGGUGGCUCCGCCCCAGCACAGUUCUCAGUCGCGUACAUCUCAGUCGGCGAGGAACGGCGCAUCGUGCGGCGAAGUGCGGAAAAAAAAUGUUUGCAUAUAUUGCAAGCAAAAGAGAAAUCUGAUAUGGCGCCAUAUCAAGACGGUCCACCGUGACGAGAAGGAAGUCAAGGAUAUACAGGAGUGUGAUUCUGAGCAGGAACGAAAAAUGAAAAUCACCGUGAUGAUCAACAAAGGCAACAUGGAGCACAACAAACUCGUCCUACAAAGGGGUGAAGGUGACAUGAUCUUGGGAAGGAAGUCGGACCAGGCGUCCGUGGACGACUACGUGCCAUGUCCUUACUGCUAUCUUUUUGUGGUUAAAACCAACAUGAUGCAGCACAUAAAACAUCACUGUGUGGCUCGCAAAACAGAAUGCCCAGACAUUCCCACGGUGCUGGCAGAGAGCCGGACGCUCCUGAGUGACGGCCAAGAAGAAAAUACUGGGUAUCACAAGGACAUAUUGUCUCGUAUGCACGACGAUGCAGUUACGAAGACCAUAAAGAACGAUGAACUCCUGAAGAAGUGGGGUGCCAACUUGCACGCGAAACUUGGAAGGUCGGGUUUUGCGCAGAUAAGCCAGCGCCUAAGGAUGAUGGGCGAAGUUGUCCAAGCAGCCGGAAAGAGCAUGCAAGAGCUGAUCAAUGGCGAAGGAUUUGAUACGGUUGUAAGUGCCACCAAAUCCGUCUGUGGGUUUGAGCAGGACAAGCUAAACGCCCACACGGGGCUGCCCACAUACAAAACUCCUUCAAAGGCCAUGCGGAUUGGAGGCGAACUACGACAGCUGGCUGCUCUCAAGAAGGGCAUUGCGCUGAUCAAGAAAGAAGAAAGCGAAGUGAAAGAUGCUGAGGCGUUCUUGUAUCACGUGGACCAAUUCUGGAAUGUGAAGAUCAGCAGCGUAGCGCUGAAGAACCGCGAGUCGAACAAGUAUGACAAGAAAGACAUGCUGCCCUUUACCAGCGAUUUGAAGCUUUUCACCGAAAAAAUGAAGGAACGAGUGAAAGAAAUGACAGAAAAGGGAAUACAUGGCAUGACAGACUAUGCAAGGCUGAGCAAAGCGGUUCUCGCCCGUUUGCUAGUAUUCAACAAACGCCGUCCUAAGGAGCUUAGCAGCAUCCUGCUGCAAUCAUGGAUCAACCGAGAGAUGUACAAACAAGAGACGGUAGAAGAAGUGAACAAGUCAAUGGGUGAAACAGAAAAGAAGUUGUUCAACGAGCUCGACGUCGUCAUGUCCCGCGGCAAGUGCGGGAACAAGGUCCCCACCCUGAUACCGAGCGACUGCGCGGCUCCGCUGCAGCUACUGGUAGACAACCGGGAGACGUACAUUGACAAGGAUAACAAGUAUCUGUUCGCAAACCCUCUGGCGAGGACUACAGGACACUACAACGCAGGCGUGGUGCUUAAAGAGCAGUUGUCGGACAUGGCACUAAACAGGGCAGAUCUCUUCCAUGCAACAAAACUACGGAAAUAUUGUGCUACAACGUCCCAGAUUCUAGAGAUGGGUGAAUUCGAUAUGGAGGUGCUCACCCGGCACAUGGGACAUGACAAAGACGUGCAUCGUGGGUACUACAGACUGUCAGACGCUACUCACGAACUGACGCGUGCCUCCAUCCUGAUGAUGAAGCUGGACGAAGGAUGCCUCUCAAAAUAUAGCGGACGGAGCCUGGAGGAGAUGCUCACUGAAGAGGACUUCGACGAGCCAGGCUCUGAAAAUGAGGGCGGUCCGGCUGAUGAUCGCCAAGAGGACGAUGAAGGAGGCCAUGAACAGCGGAAGAAGGACCGCAAAAAAAGUAAGUGAAAGGUUUGGCGCCUUACAUCGCCUGCAUCAGCUUUACGUGUUGCAUUAUUUUCAUAAACGUAUUGAAAUUUCCUGCAUUAAAUACCCUCUUUGUUAAAUUUGUAUACCUUUUUAUAUGCAAAGAAACAAUAAAUGUUGAUGGUUUGCCCCUCCCGAUUUUUUAGACUCGCUAGUAGAGGCACCUAUGUAUCUUGCGGCAAUGGCUAACAAACAAAGAAAACGGCAGACAAGGAAGCAUGAAGCACCAAGUCCAACACAUUCUGCCGUCCAAAGUCAAAACCCCACAUGUCAAUUUUGGGUCAUUUUUCGUUUUUUACACCAUUGUGACCAGCUUGCAAAGCUCUAUUUCAUGCCAUGAGGAUUUUUUUCAAAAACCAAAAAAAGCUUUUUGGGAGAGGAAAAACAAAUUUUGGAAUUCACACGUCUUUGAAAAGCACGGAAGUGACACAGUCAAAACCCACUACGUCGGCGAAAACCCACACGUCAUGGCUAACCUAUGUGCCAGUGACAAAAUCCACGUCGGUAAACCCAUAGACGUUCUUGCAGAUUAUGAAAUGCUUGCAACGUCAAAACCCAAUACGUCGCUACACUACACAAGGACGACGUGAGGGCUUUUGACAUGUGGUUAUAUGCUGUCUGCAUUGAGUUUAUCCUGUUCGGUCGCGAGGACGUAUGGGUUUUUGCCGUCUUUGAAGCAUCUUUAAAGCCGUAUCAAUGGACAUCAGUAUCAAAUGGACGAUUUGAGAUACGGAGAGUGGCACGACAUGCCUAUAGCAAGUCUCACGGUGUUGCCGAAUUCCGAAAUGACAGCAGGGGACGAGUUUUGCUGAAGUGGAAAGGAUGACGUCACUCAGUUGCUGGAGAGCUGAGGGCUGUUCACGGGCCCUGUGUGCGGUCGGACCGCACACAGCCUCCAAGCUCCGCCCACUGCGUCCCUACGUCAGCCUUCCGUCACCGCACACAGCGACCGCUGUG